CGUCUCUCUAGGGCUCAGUCUUUACACGCCGCCAGCCAGCAGGUGCAAGAAGGAAGGAGUCCAAGCUCAGAUCAAAAAGAUUCUUCUUGGAGGGUAAAUUUGAAAAAGAAGCAUGUCAGUGGUCAGUGCAGUGUCCUUUCUGAAGCCGCUCCACAUGCGCUCACCGGUGGCACAGGGACGUCGACACACGCUGCCGGCCAGCGAGUUCCGCUCCCUCAGCCCAGAGGAUGCAAUCAGUGUGUUUGAGAUAGAGAGAGAAGCCUUCAUAUCAGUUUCUGGCGAGUGUCCUCUCCUGCUGGAUGAAGUACGACACUUCCUGACCCUGUGUCCCGAGCUGUCACUGGGAUGGUUCGAGGAAGGCCGUCUGGUGGCUUUCAUCAUCGGAUCACUGUGGGAUCAGGAGAAGCUUACUUUGGACGCCUUGACUCUCCACAAGCCCCACGGCAUGACAGUCCACAUUCACGUCCUGGCAGUGCACCGCACCUUCCGCCAACAGGGUAAAGGCUCCAUCCUGAUGUGGCGCUACCUGCAGUACCUCCGCUGCUUGCCCUAUGUCCGCCGGGCUGUCCUCAUGUGCGAGGACUUCCUCGUCCCCUUCUACCAGAAAUCAGGCUUCAAAGUCCAGGGCCCGAGCGAAAUCACAGUGGGGCCCCUUACCUUCAUUGAGAUGUUCUACCCGGUUAGAGGACACGCCUUUAUGAGGCGGAACAGCGGGUGCUGAAGAGGACCGGUGUGAUAAUGGACUUGGAUUGGAAAAAGGGACCCUGUUUGAGAGGAAGUGAGGGUACCUCCUCGGUGUGUUUGUGGUCUUCUGAGAGAAAGGUGAAAGUUAAACUGGAGACACAUAAGAACAUCACAAUAAAAACAAGACCUGGAAGAAUGGACAAAUGCCCCAAACCGCUCAGUUCACUAAUGGACAAAAAACAUCCCUCAGAGACAUCUUUAGAAAGUCUUACCACAAGAGAGGAAGAUGUUAUGGCUGCAACGAGGAGACUAAAUUUUCAUUGUACUCAAUUUUCAGUGCUCCUUCUAACAUCUGGCAUUCCCUCUGCAGGAUCAUCACUAUCUGUGCCUCCUUAAGUCUUGAAUCAAGACAAAUGUUGUUUUUUAUUAUUAUUACUGAUAUGAUUGUUUGGUUCUUAAGAGAAUAAAGGGUUUAUUUUGUAGCUUGUCA